GAACUAAACCCACCGCAUCCCCGUCUAAAUCCAUCACAAUGGCCGUCGGACGUAGCGCAGCCCUCAAGCUCGACUGGACCAAGCUGGGCACCCAGCUCGGCCUCAAGGGUCAAACCGCUGCUGCCCUCCAGUCCUUCAAGAAGCGCAACGACGAUGCGCGUCGCAAAGUCACCGUCCUCUCCGAGCAGUCCCAGACCGUCGACUUCAACCACUACCGCGGCAUCCUCAAGAACCAGGCCGUUAUCGACGACAUCGAGAAGCAGUUCAACGCUUUCAAGCCUCAGACAUACGAUGUAGGAAGGCAGAUCAAGGCCAUUGAGGCUUUCGAGGCCCAGGCCGUCCAGAGCGCAGAGCAGACUAAGGCUGUUGUCGACAAGGAGUUGAGCGAUCUCCAGAAGACCCUGAAGAACAUCGAGGAUGCCAGGCCAUUCGCUGACCUCACCGUUGACGAGGUCGCCGCUGCUCAGCCUGAGAUUGACAAGCGCACCGAGCAGCUCGUCUCCAAGGGUCGCUGGGCCGUUCCCGGCUACAAGGAGAAGUUCGGCGAUCUGUCCGUCCUCUAAGUGUCUUCUUUCCAUGUAGCCAAAAUGUACCCGAUCUGGGUUGUAUUACCUACGUAUUUGUGAAUAGUUCCAGAGAGUGGAAAUGCACCCUAGAUUUUGACCAUUCGCCUUGUUAUGCCUAUGCAUUGCUCGAAUAUCGCUUACAUGCGAACACCUUGCAAACAAUAUGCUAUAGUUGGCACGCCUUUCGCUUGAAAUGUUGUGUUUCAUUACAUGUGCAUCCAAAA